AUGGUUUCAGCAGAAUUCGAAGAAAAAGUAUGUCUACUUGAAGAAUUGGCCCCCCACCACCCGUGCGUGUCUAUGCCACGGCUACUAACAGAAACUGCAGGCAAACACCGUGUCCAAUUUGGCCAAGAGACCUUCGGAUGACGAGUUGUUGAAGCUUUAUGGUUUGUACAAACAGGCCACCGUGGGAGACAACACCACGGACAAGCCAGGCACUUUUGACUUCAAGGGGAAGUACAAGUGGCAAGCUUGGAAGGACUUGGAAGGCACUCCGCAAGAAGAAGCUGAAAAGAGGUACAUUGAGUUUGCUGUUGAGUUGAUUAGCAAGUACAACUCCUAG